UUAAAACCCAACCCCCCAAACACUUCCCUUCUCAGGGUUCACAUAAAAACGAAUCCACUCCCACCCCUCAAAAAUCCAACAAACAAAAACACAUUCAUAUCCAAAAAAAAAAAACACAACACCAACAAAAACAACCAAAACAAGCAGCAAUGCAGUACGGCAGCAGCGUCGGCGGCGGCGGUGACACUAGCAAGACAUCGAAGCUAGAGCGAUACAACAGCUACAUACGGCGCGUGAACAGCACGAAGCUCCUCCAAGCCUCGUCGAAGCUCCUCUUCCGGGUAACCCUACUCGUGGCUCUCCUCCUCAUCUUCUUCUUCACCCUCAACUACCCUCCCCUCUCCCCCUCCAACCACGCCUCCCUCCACACCUCCAACAGCCUCCUCUCCUCCGCCUUCUACGGCGCCGGCGCCGCCUGGGAGAAGCAGGUCCGCCGCUCCUCCACCCCCCGCCGCCCCAACGGCUUCUCCGUCCUCGUCACCGGCGCCGCCGGCUUCGUCGGCUCCCACUGCUCCCUCGCCUUGAAGAAGCGCGGCGACGGCGUUCUCGGCCUCGACAACUUCAACUCCUACUACGAUCCCUCGCUCAAACGUGCCCGCCAACAACUCCUCCAAUCCCACCAGGUGUUUAUUGUGGAGGGCGAUAUCAACGACGCCGAGCUUCUCCACAAGCUCUUCGACAUCGUCCCGUUCACCCACAUCCUCCACCUCGCCGCCCAAGCCGGGGUCCGCUACGCCAUGCAAAAUCCUCUCUCCUAUGUGGCGUCCAAUGUCGCUGGAUUUGUCUCCCUCCUCGAGGUAGCCAAAUCCGCGGACCCCCAGCCGGCCGUAGUCUGGGCUUCCUCCAGCUCAGUCUACGGCCUCAAUACCCAAGUCCCCUUUUCCGAAUCGGACCGGACCGACCGGCCGGCUAGCCUCUACGCGGCCACUAAAAAGGCCGGGGAGGCAAUCGCCCACACAUACAACCACAUCUACGGCCUCUCCAUGACCGGCCUCCGGUUCUUCACGGUCUACGGACCGUGGGGCCGGCCCGACAUGGCGUAUUUUUUCUUCACGAAAGACAUCCUCCACGGCAAGGACAUAAACGUGUAUGUCACGCACGAAGGGGACAAGGAGGUGGCGCGUGACUUCACGUACAUCGACGACAUCGUGCGCGGCUGCGUGGGGGCGCUCGACACGGCGGAGAAGAGCACCGGCAGCGGCGGGAAGAAGCGGGCGGCGGCACAGCUGAGGGUGUACAAUCUGGGGAACACGGCGCCGGUGACGGUGGGGAAAUUGGUCGGGAUUUUGGAGAGCUACUUAGGCGUCAGGGCUAAAAAGCGCGUGAUCAAAAUGCCGCGAAACGGCGACGUUCCGUUCACGCAUGCUAACGUGAGCCAGGCGUUUAGGGAUUUCGGGUACAAGCCGACGACGGAUCUCGCCGCCGGAUUGAGGAAAUUCGUCAAGUGGUACGUUGGGUAUUACGGCAUCGAGUCGAGGGUAAAAAAGGAAAAUCAGGAGCAGUCAGCGGAUGAUUAAGGAACGUGUUGGUGGGGGCCAGUUCUUCUUUUUUAAAUUAUAUUUUUAUAAAGGGAAAUUGUUGUUUGGUUAUUUGCAAUUUAUAGUAAUAGGAAAAUAGAUUUUAGAUCUGUGAAUUUGGGGUUGCAAUAAAGGAUCCUAUGAAAUUAGGGUGAAAAGAAAAAGGGGGUUGGAAUCUGUACACUGAAAAAAGAAGUGGUGUAGAUCAACCGGCAUCAAUUGUAUUAUUAUCAACUGUAUAAUUUUGUUGGAAUAGUAAGGAGGGCAUCAAGAUUCUUCUUUUAAA